AUGAAGUUCGCCCCAGAAAAGAGCGAACUGAUCCAUUUCAGCAAGGGGCGACGGCAGUGGUCAAACCAGCUGGAACUCACCAGCCCAGGGAGAGGCACCAGCCCCGUCAGACCGAAGGAGUCUGCCAGGUUCCUGGGAGUCUGGCUGGACCGGAAGCUCAACUGGAAAGCCCACCUUGCAGCGGUGGAGAGGAAGCUGAGGACCCAGAGCUAUGCCCUGUCGAGGCUAGCGGCGUCGACGUGGGGACUGGGGCUAGCCAAAGCGCGAGAAGUGUACACAAAGUGCAUCCGGUCAGCGCUGGCCUAUGGCGCAUCGUCGUUUCACAUCCCCACGGAUGUGGGAGGCGAGCCGGUAAAAAAAGGCAUCACCAAGGCCCUCGGGAAGGCCCAGAACAAAAGCUUGCGGAUUGUAGCGGGAGCCUUCAAGCACACCCCCAUCCGCAACCUCGAGACGGAGACAUGGGUGCCGCCGUUGGACCUAUAUCUCAACAAACGGUUUGCGGAAUUUGAGACCAGACUCCAGCGAACCGACCUAGAUGACGGCCAAGGCGGCAAGAAGACCGCAGGGAGCAUUAUUCUUACCGCCUGUCAAAGGAUACAGCAGAGACUACGCUCGAAGAGCGGUAACAGGGGCCGACCGCGAACUGUGGGACUGCGGGAGGCCACGGCGGUGGAGAAAGCCGCGAGCACGAUCGCGCGCUGGACGGGGGGAUCGCAGACACGGACAGGGUAG